AUAAAAACCCUAAGUCACUCCUCUGGGUGAUCUCAUAAAAUUACUAAAAACUAUAUUUUUCUUGAUUUGAGUGACAUUCUCAUCGUUUUUGUUGGUGUUGUCUGUAAAUUCUUAAUUACAGUCAAUUAAAAUAACUCAUUGACUGAGUGAAUGAUCUUAAUUACUUCAAGUUCAGUGUGUUGUUUUUAUUUUUUAUUAUGCUUUGACAGCGGCUAAAGAAUAUCCAGAAGACCAGAAGAAAGUUUUUAGAUACUCAACAAGUCUGCCACCCAAGAGGAAUUUGUUUGUACAUAAGACCAAAAUGACUGAAUACAAGCUAGUUGUAGUAGGUGCUGGUGGUGUGGGCAAAUCGGCUUUAACCAUACAGUUGAUACAGAACCAUUUCGUAGACGAAUACGACCCUACAAUAGAAGAUUCUUACAGAAAACAAGUAGUGAUAGACGGAGACACUUGUCUUUUGGAUAUCUUGGACACGGCUGGCCAGGAAGAGUACAGUGCGAUGAGAGACCAGUACAUGAGAACUGGUGAAGGGUUUCUUUUAGUUUUUGCAGUUAAUUCUGCAAAGAGUUUUGAAGACAUAGGGACAUAUCGAGAGCAGAUCAAACGAGUGAAAGAUGCAGAGGAAGUUCCAAUGGUACUUGUUGGAAACAAAUGUGACUUAUCUGCUUGGGCAGUAGAUAUGAGCCAAGCCAGAGAGGUUGCGAAGCAAUACGGUAUACCCUUCGUAGAGACCUCGGCAAAGACAAGAAUGGGAGUCGACGAUGCCUUCUACACAUUAGUUCGAGAAAUCCGCAAGGACAAAUCAAAUAGGAAAAAAUGGUCUCAUGGCCACGGACACGGGCGUGGGCCCUUUAAGCUCCGGUGCUCAAUACUGUAGGUAGACUGGACUUGUUACUAGUGAUCUCUUUCUAUUUCUUGGGAGGAUCGGGUGAUAUCUGUUAUACAUUUACUAUAACAAAGAAUCACUUUGAUUUUUAAAUUAGCUACAGAUUACGAAAGUGGUGGAGUGGUGAUGAUUUUUUACGAUACUCGUGGGUUUUUAUUUAAAAACAUGAACCAAAUGGUUCAUUCUCUUUUUUAUCUCCUUUUAUUAUAAGAUAAACAAAUAGCACAUAUUUUGUAAGUUUUAGAACUUAGCUUCAUAAAAAAAAGAAUCAUGGAAGGAGGCUGGUGGGAUUUUAAGUUUUCAUCUCCACUAAAUGUUGAGAAAAGGGUUAAAAUUCCACCAUUUGUUUGGUCCUUCGAGCCGGAUUAAAGGCGCGAGAUAGUGUCUAUUUAAGAUAGCGAGGGAGCGUAUAUCACUGCAUACUGCGUUCUUGACGAUGGUCCAAACAUUGUUGCGAACUUGAGGUGAGAGGCAAAAUCGGCAACGAAUCAUUUACAAUAUCUAUCAAGACAUUCUCUACCCUCUUCUUAUUCCCGAAAUGUCAUAAAGUCUAUAAAAUCUGUAAGAAAAUUGAUAUUUAGUGUAUAACAAUAUGACUACACUCCAAAAGCAUAAAAAAUUGUAAUAGUUUAUUGAGUUUUUUAUAUUCUUUUCCUCCUUUAUUUUUUCUUCUUCGUAAGGAUGUAGUAGCGUCAUGUAAUUUGUUUGACUAUUUCUGUCCAAUUAUCUCUCCUGUGCGUGUUGUUUCUCUUCGAAUAAUGAGUAACCAGUCAUGUCCUUUAAUUGAUCAUCGUGCUGGAGAGAUCUUCCUCUGGUUCUUUUGACCUCUACGUUGCCUUCAACUACAGUCAGUAUCAUGAUUUUAGCUGGCCCCUUCCAGAAUGUUUCCAUAUUUUUUAUUAUUUGUAAAUUAUAAUAAGCCUUAGUCUUAAGGUUUUUUCACUCCUUCUAUUAUUCAGUUUUGCGCACCACAGAUCUGUAACAUUUGCUCUGGGUAAUAUUACAUAGGUUCAUUGUGAAGUGGUACACCUGAAGGACAUGUUACAGAAGAGUUCUGUAGAGCAGCAGUUUUUUCUUUUUGUUACUGUGAGUGCUAAAUAGGCUUAGAAAAAAAUGCAACAAUGGGCUGGUCCCCAUAUCAAAUGUGACUUCUACGUACAUUUGGAAAGAAAAAAAUGCUACCCUUCUAAAACAUACCAUGAAGCUGACCUCUGAUCUGUGUUUUCAACUGAAAAAAAAACCUAAAAUUACAUUACGACCAGCCUCUUUCGUGCAGUCCUCUACUUUAGAUCAAUUUUUUUUCUUGGGGGUUUGUUGUCGAUUUUAUCUUCUCUUCGACAGGUAUCUACCCAGCAUCUUGACAAAUCUUGCUAAUGCAAGUGCUACUGCUAUUGCACUAGAUUGUUAACCUUUAAAUACACGCGCUGGCGUAUUUUGUACGCCAGAUAUAAGAAUUCUACGGAAAAUAUAUUUAAAAAUUAAAUUUUUGACCUUGUUUAUCUACCUAACCUAUCACUGGAAUGUGCUUUACAAUUGGUUUUAGUUUCGUUAUAAUCGGCGUUCUGGGAAGAUCGUAAUUUACAGUUUAUUAUUUGUUGUUUCCGGUGGUGGACAAUAUACGCCACGAUCAUAGUAAUAUAAGUAGUAAUAUAAUCUUGCUAUAUAGUCUUUCAAUUGUUUUUUGGUCAUUAUGGCACAAAAUAUAUUUUUCUUUAUAAACAAUACUUUUUCUCAUGUAAAAAAUCAGAUUAAAAAAAUUAUUAGUAAUUUUAUUUAUCAUGGAAUCAGAUUCCAGUUAUAAAUCCCAAUUAGCUUACUGAGAAGGAACUCCAAGUAUUCGCUGAUGCCGAAUAAGGUUUACAACAAACAACUAAGUGUAUUUAAAAAAAAAAAUAAACAGAUUCGCUGUUUUUAAAUGUAUUUUCUUGUGUCGUAUAAAGUACGCCACGCGUGUAGUUAUGUUAUAACUUGAUGCGCGGGUAGUUAAAGGUUAAGUUCACAAAUAUAAAAUAGAACAUUAAAUAAUUAAACAACAAGGAAUUCAUAAAAAAAGUCGUUGAAACACAACACAUAAAAGAGCUAUAAGAAAAGUCAAACAAUAAGGAAUGCACGUAAUUUUCCCCUUGUUGCCAUAUUCUAAAUUUGAAAACCUAUAUAGGGAAUAAUCAGAUUUUUUGACAUGCCAUUCCUAUUACAGCGAGCAUUUCAUUCGCUAGAAUGAGUGACGAGUUUACAUGACGUCAUUAUUAUAUUUGGUGAGAUUGUAAAUAGCCAUAGACUUAUAUAUUAUCAUAGACAGAGUGUCAUUCAGAGGAAAGUGAUGACACCAUCUUUUUUAUUUGGAUUAAUGCUGUUUCACUCUUACGCAUAGUAAAGCUGCGACAGUUGUCCUCCCCUUCCGUGCCUAUACUCACACUUAAUGUCAUCUUAGUUUAACGAUACAAUGUGCUAGAAAGAGAUACCGCAAACCAGUCCAUGAGAUCUUGUCGUCAGGACGCGCUGAGGGUAGGCUCACUCUGUGUUAAUAUAUACCUCUAUGUAAAUAGCAGCUGACGUCUGUCAUAAUAUUGGAGGUUAAAUAUAAUGUCAAAUUAUUGUUUUCAAAUUAUAUUAUAUUUAUUUAGUUUAUAUUUUAACAACAGUGUAUUUUUUAACCAAUUUCACUUUCCCUUCCGUAUCCUUGAUUGGUCGAUUAGGUUCGUAAUAGUUUCGUUGUAUGGUAGGUUUAGUUAAGCGUUAAUUUUAACAAAUGUUGCUGGCUAAAUUGUCACAGCUCCCAAAGGCCAUAAAAUAAAGAAGAAGAAAAGAUAAACAAACUAAAAUCUUAACCUUCUAUAGGACAAUGUCAGUUUGACACUUAUAGUAAAGAUCUAUCUAAGUAAAGUUAAUUAUCUUUGUUUCACACUCUAAAAGAGAAACAGUGCAGGCUGUAGCAGCUUUGGUAAAUAUUGUAUGUCACUUUGACACUGACGUUAGUCAUUUCUUUUUUGGGAAGUUCAGUUAUCAGAAGUGACUGGAAAUUACUACACAACCAACGCACCUGCUCAUAGCCAAUAAUAUUAAUAGUAAACAGACAUAAAAAUAACAUAAACCUUACGCCAAUCAAUGAUUAUUUAUUUACACCAUUAUAAUGUAUUGAUAACAAAUGAAAAAAUUAUUUAUUGUACAAAAUAAAAAUAUUUUGUUGAAAUAAACUCCACAAAAUUUUAUGAGAUUAGUAGACACUCCCACUAUUUCUAAUAAUUCUUUUUUUAAUGAAAGAUUAAGUUGAUUUUAGCAGUUAAUAGUGUAAGGUCAUAGAGAUAUAUAUUAACAUAGAGGGAGCCUACCUUCCGCGCUUCCUGACGACAAGAUCUCAUGGACUGGUUUGCGGCAUCUCUUUCUAACACAUUGUAUCGAAAAUAUAUGAUUACAUUCAGUGUGAAUAUAGGCACGGAAGAGGAGGACAACUGUAGCAGCUUUACUAUGCGUAAGAGUGAAACAGCACUAAUCCAAAUAAAAAAGAUGGUUUCGUCACUUCACUCUGAAUGACACUCUCUCUAUGCUAAUAUAUAACUCUAUGUGUGAGGUAGGAAUUUUUGUGUUGUAUGUUUCCUAUUCCGAAUGUGUCAAAGUGAAUCUCGGUAGAGCGAAUUCAGUAUAACUAUGUGUUUUUUAUUUGGCAACAGCGCUGUCCUACCAAACUUGACGGUAGCGAAAAAAACUAAUAUAUGAGGAAAAAUUUGUUGAAUUUAUUUACCGUUAAGUUUGUACCGGUGCGUUAUGAUGUCAUUUAAUCUAUGACGUGCAUUCCUAAUUGUUUGACUUUUGGUUUAUAUACUCAAACGGAGGAUUUUUAUUUCCCAAGUUACGUAGGUGCGCUGCUCAGUACGAACUUAAGAAUCAUAACGCUCAGUUGAGACCUGCGCAUCAGGCGCGUGAAAUCUUUCGCCAUUUUGCCCGUGCUUCCACUUUAAUGCGUAGUUGUAAAAUUUACAACAGAUAGUUAAAUUUUUAACAGUAAUAUAAUAAUUAGUAACUUUAAAUAUAACUUUUACUUGGUUAAAAGGUUUAUUCCUACUGUUAAAGUAAAAAAUCAUGUCCGCUCAUAUCGCUGUAAUCAAAAUGCAUCAAAGCAUUCUUUUAUCACUUCGUAAUCUGUAGCAUUGUUACAAGUUAAUACAAAAAAAUACAGUGUGAGUGUACAAAAGUGCGUGUAUUGUGUGACUAUGAGUUAAUAUAAAAUAAUUUUGAUUUCGAUUUAUAUAUAUAGUAUAAAUAUUUACAUGCCGGCAAAAAUGCCGUUCUUCUAUUUUAUAAAAUCAUUUUUGUUGUUUUUCCGAUUUUAUUAAUUGCUGUACCAGUCUGCAGCACAAAAUAUUAGGAAAUAAAGUGUAUUUCUAAAAUA